AUGCUUAUCAAGGAUACAGAUGAAGAUAGUGGCCCUUUUACUUCACCAGAUAGUAAAGGGGAGGAGGUUGGCUUUGCCAAAUAUUUUCAGACAAAUAACCAUAUUAGGAAAAAGAUGUCAGGCAAGCAUCAAACUGUCUCAGGACAGAUCAGACACUCUAUCAUUAACAAAGGAGAAAGAGACUUUGAAUGUUUUGAAUGUGGGAAAUGUUUCCCUCAGAACUCAAGUCUUAUUACACAUAAGCGAAUUCACACAGGAGAGAAACCAUUCUCUUGUUCUGAAUGUGGCAAAUGGUUUACUCAGAAAGCGCAUCUUAUCAGACAUAAGAGGAUUCAUACUGGUGAAAAGCCAUUCUCAUGUCCUGAGUGUGGGAAAUGUUUUACUGACAACUCUGAUCUGGUUACACACAAAAGAAUUCACACUGGAGAGAAGCCAUUUGAAUGUUUCCAAUGUGGAAAAUGUUUUCGUAUGAAUUCAACGCUGUUAAUUCAUCAGAGAAUUCACACAGGCGAAAAACCUUUUGCGUGCUCUGAGUGUGGCAAGUGUUUUACAACCAUCUCUAGUUUUGUCACCCACCAGCGAAUUCACACAGGAGAAAAGCCUUUCGAAUGUACAGUGUGCAGAAAAUUAUUCAAUAGUAAUGCACACCUGGUUACGCACCAGAGAAUUCACACAGGAGAGAAACCUUUUAAAUGCUUGUAUUGUGAGAAAUGUUUUACAAGUAACUCAUCCCUGGUUAGACACCAGAGGAUUCAUACAGAGGAAAGCCCAUUUGCUUGUUAUGAAUGUGGCAAAUGUUUUGUCAGUAACUCUAUUCUGGUCCGACAUCAGCGAAUUCAUUCAGGAGAAAAGCCAUUUGUUUGUUUGGAGUGUAAAAGGUGUUUCAGCCAGGAGUCAAAUCUUAUUAGACAUAAGAGACUUCACACAGAAGAUAAAUUAUAA